UUGUGGUAUUGCAAACGUGAAAUUAAAGUGAAAACAUUUAGUGGCUAAGUUCGCGAGUCCCAAUAAAAACAUUCUAAACUGAUUCAUCAUGACUGAGGCCACCAAUGGACACAGCGAGGCACCUGCCGACAACUCGCCAAAAUGGCUGCCCAAUAUCACGCUGGAAAAGGCGGUUCAGGCCCAAAUCGGGGACUUUGAGAAGAUCGUUUCGGUUACCCCCCAAAAAGGCAGCAGCGAGGGCGAAAACUACUCUUCCCUCUUUCUAAGACUGCUUGUGGAAGUAGAGCUGCUGGAUCACAGCACAAAGACCACCACCUUCGUUCUGAAGGCGCAGCACGACAAUGAGGUGAUGGCCGCCAUUCUCGCCAGAUUGAAGCUCUUCCACAAGGAGGAACUUAUGUACCACUCCAUUUUGCCCAAGUUCGAGCAACUCUACGCAGAUGCCGGCAAACCCAUUCAGUUUGCUCCUCGAGCCUUUAAGGUGGACCGCGACCUUGGGGUGGACUACAUCCUACUGGAGGAUCUGCACCGCAAGAACUUCAAGAACGAAAACCGCCUGACCGGUCUGGAUCUGGAGCACAUGCAUAAGGUCCUGGAGAAGCUGGCCGCCUUCCAUGCGGCAUCCGCUUGCUAUGUGGAGCACCACGGACUCUUCGGGGAGGAGUUCACUGUAGGCGUUUUCAGCGAGGCCAAUCGCCAGCUCCUGCAGGAGUUCAAUGCCUCUGGUGCCUUUUUGGCCCAGCUCAAGAAGUGGAAGAACGCCCAGAAAAUAUACGAGAAGUUGGCUGAUAGCGAUGACUACUUGGUGGAUCGUCUGCUCCAGGAUCAGCAAUACAAUGCCAGGGAAUUCAACGUUCUAAACCACGGAGACUGUUGGGCCAAUAACAUAAUGUUCCAACACGAUGCAUUUGGAACUAUCAAGGAGACUUUAUUUGUGGACUUUCAAGUGGGAAAGUACGGAAGUCCGGCCAAUGAUCUGUACUAUUUGAUCUUAUCUUCGGCUGCUCCCGAGCUGAAAACCGCCAAGUUCGAUUACCUUAUUCGGUACUACUUUGAUAAUCUUAUUGAGAAUCUGAAGCUGCUGCAAUAUCAUCGACCACUGCCCAAGUUGAAGAACCUGCACGCAGCUCUCUUCCGCAACGGAUUGGCUGCCUAUAUGGUGGUGUCCAAGGUGCUGCCCGUCGUCAUGUUGGACAAGACAAACAAUGCCAAUCUGGAGAGCUACAUGAGCGACGAGUCCAAAAUGAAGGCCGCCAUGUUCACCAACCCGAAAUAUGUGCAGGUGAUGACGGAGGUGCUUCCAUGGUUGGAUAAUCGCGGCCUGCUCGACUGGAAGUGAUUACCCAUAAAUUACGUGUGCUAAUAAUGGAUGCGUACUAUAAUAAUGGCUAUUUAAUUGCAUCACUUACAAGUUGCGUUGGUAAAUAAAGAACGAAAACAUUCAAAAACAUGA